UGUCCAUCCUGAAUGGACAAUAAAGUUGUAUUCUAAAGUCUUGUGUUGUUUCCAUCCUGUUCCCCAAGCGGAGGUGCAGAGUGAGAUAGAGAGGAUCUUUGAGCUGGCCAGGUCCCUACAGCUGGUGAUCCUGGACGCAGACACCAUCAAUCACCCAGCCCAGCUGCUCAAGACCUCGUUGGCUCCCAUCAUCGUCCAUGUCAAGGUCUCCUCACCCAAGGUUCUGCAGAGGCUGGUCAAGUCUAGAGGGAAGUCCCAGAGCAAGCAUCUGAACGUACAGCUGGUGGCAGCUGACAAACUGGCCCAGUGUCCUCCGGAGAUGUUUGACAUCAUCCUGGAUGAGAACCAGUUGGAGGAUGCGUGUGAACACUUAGCUGAGUAUCUGGAGGCCUACUGGAAGGCCACCCACACCUCCAUGGCCACGCCGCUCAACCCCCUGCUGGGACGCAACCUGGGCCCCACCGCCCUCACUCCUUACCCCACCACCAUCUCUGGACUGCAGGAGGUGAACCAGCAGACUCAAAGAAUGAGACAACACAGCAACCACACGGGAGACCACUCCACGCCCAACGAGCGUCGCAACCUGAUGACCGCCGACGAGAACUACCACAACGAGCGGGCGCACAAGGGACGCAACCGCAUGUCGUCGGGCUCGCAGCACAGCCGAGACCAAGACCCGUACCACCAGGACUACCAGGACCCCUACCAAGACUCCUACAAGCCCCACCGCAACCGCUCCUCCCCGGGCAGCUACAGCCACGACUCCCGGCACAGGCUCUGAGCCCGAAUGACGUCCCAGCUUCACAACCCUUAUAGGCCUCAAGUCAACUCUCUGGUGGCAACAGAGUCAAAAUGGUUCCCGUUCAAAAUAUUGUGUCAAAUUCUGUUGUUUUCGAUUAUUUGUUUUACUUCAGGCGUUAGAUGAGGAGUAGUCCCGCCCCCCUGAACAAAAUCUCCAAUCACCUCUCAUUCCCAUUCUGUCUUUCCUGGGCACUGGCAGGGACCCCUGUUAAGCAAUGAUGAGGAAGGAUGAGGAAGAAGGACAUGAUGCUAAUGCUACAUAACUGAGUUAAUACAACUCAUAUGACUGAGUUGCUUUUCCUCACAAGGGGACUUUCCUAGUUCCUGUGUUUCCCACACAGAGAGAUGGGUUGAAGAGGAAAGCAGUAUGAGAUAUUGUGGGCUCAGAAUUGUGUACCCACAACCCCCCCCCCCUUACAGUACAUGUCUGUUGUCAUGAGGAGUUGUAUACUUAGACCUGCCCCACCAUGACUGGCAGUGGUCUUUUUCCAGACCUCAACUGAUUCCUGAGAGGAGCAUGUGAAGUAUUUGGUUGUUUUGUUAACAAGUGCUUUCACAUGUCAGAUACUGUAUGUGCCAUUUGAACACCUGUCUAGCUUGGCCUUUCUUCGGCAACAGUCGAUACUUUGCAUAUCUCAGUAUUUUUCGCUACUCUGAUUCGGUUGUGUCAGACUCAUAGAGGUAUUAUAACAAGAAGCAGGGGUGUCAAACAUUCAGAGUUCGCCUCAUCUCUGGCCAGCCUCGUGAUUGGUUGACCGUCCAUGCUGCUUCCUGUGUUUCUCUCUGGCCAGCCUCGUGAUUGGUUGACCGUCCAUGCUACUUCCUGUGUUUCUCUCUGGCCAGCCUCGUGAUUGGACGACCGUCCAUGCUGCUCCACUAAUGUUGGAUUGUGUCUUCCCAGGGUCCUUUGCAUCAUGAUCACUGAUUCUCUGUGUAGCUGGCAUGUUUUCCCUGACUUGAAAAAGUAAUGCUCCCUUUGGUAGUAAUAUCCCUGUGUAAAAUAGAGGGUGUUUAAGGAGGGAAAGCACACAUUGGUGCAAAAUAGGUGCAGUCUAAUUACUUGAGAGUGCGUCAUCUGAACUUUUUGUGGGUAUUUAAAUACAUGAACAUGGAAAUGGAAGAAAUUAAUUGGUCAGUUUAUUUCUAGCAACAAUUUUUCUUCAGUAAUUGUGGGUUUUUGGAGUUUUCGGUGAGAUGAGAAGCAUGCAGUUGUACCCAAGGGGGUUCGGUGACUAGUUGCAUUGGCUCACCGAUCCAAUGCCUAGGCUUUAGUUUAGUGGGCUAAUACACACUUCUGGCGUGCAGGAGGCCCGGGUUCGAGGUCGGUCACAGAGACACAACCACCCUCCAGGUUUUCCCUGCGGUGGAUAGGUCAUCUAAACUGGAGCUUUGACCAAGAUGGAGAUGGUGGUCCCUCCCUGUGCAUCCUGGGAGAGGGAGUUCUUGGGGCAGCGUAUUCUGAGGCAUUGUUAGAGAGAUGUGCAGAGUUAACUUGUUAUAGCUAGCUGUGUUUUAGUGUAAUUCCCUCCAAUAGAGUCGAUGAACUGUAGUGACAUUUGUAGCACCCUCAGCAGGUGGUGCCUUAACAUUCUAAAACAAUUAAGAACUUCUGAAACGAUAGGAUCUUAAUUAUGAUUUAGCUCCAGCUGUCUGGUUAGGGCACUGACUGACUGAUUUCCUUGAUUUCCUUGCCCAUAUCUAUGUCUCUUAUGCUAGUUUGUUCACUGACUGAAAACAAUAGACUGCAAAACGAAGAAGAAGAAAAAGAAUACAAGUACAUCUGCUGUUGUUUAUGAGCAUGCUUCUCUGUCAUAUUGUGAUUCAGGCCAAAGUGAGUGUUGGCUGAUUGAAUGGGGAGUUACUCACUGUUCAUUAAAAACCAGAACCAAGAACCAGAACUAAGAUUCAGCUCUGUUGCUUGAGACAAUCAGAGGGAUUUUCUAGCCCAUUGACCUCUGUCCCACCAGAGUCCCAGUCUGUGAGGGUUUGGUAACUGAAGGUUGGGUUACUGCUACUGUGUGUAGCAUGUCGUAUCCCUUUUGAAACAUUGGGGAUCUCCUUUUCUAUUAACAAUUAAUUAACUGAAUUCCAAUAGAUUUUCUGAAUUGACUUGAAAAUUUAAAUUUACCACAACUCUUUUUCCUGUGAAUGCCCUGGAAAGAAAACAUUUGUUCUCUGAAUGGUGUAGAUAUAAUUUCUAAAGGUCUCUGUUACUGAUCUGGGAAAAAAAGCACGUGUCCUGUACUCUUCUUUUGUCUUCUUGUAAGAAAUUAAGAGGCUACAUUUUUGCUUCUAAAUUAAGUUGAAUUACAAUUCUCAUUAUUUGAUUAAAUAACAUGGGUUUAAACUCGACCCGGCCAUUAAAACAGUUCAAUGUUUUUUUCUUUGGUAAAAAUGUACAAAAAAUAAGAAAAAGUCAAAAAUGUAUCUCAAUAUAGGAAAAAGUAAAAGAUACAUAUUUGCUGGUGAUUAUUUUUAUAAUAAAUACAUACAUGUACAUAAUGUCUUUGAGAGAUGCUAUUUGCUGUAUACUUGCAUUCUCAUUAAAAACUACGAUCCUCGACGGGACAACUUGGAACAACAAACGUUUCAGUAUACAAAAAUGUCAGUAUACAAAAGUUUCAGUAAUGUGCAAUACAAAAAGCAUGCUGUUUUAAAAUGAGGAAAUUCCAUGUACUAUGCAACCGUGUACAUCGCUUCAUGCUGUGACUAAUUCUCCAACUGUCCUUUUCCAAGCAGCUUCAUCAGAACUCUUAAGGACAUUUUGUGUUGAUACUUUUUGUGGAAGACGAACAACUCAACGGCUAAUGCGGUAUUGCAUGCAUAAUGUACCCUUUUAAUUUAUGAAAACGAAUGAAAAGAAAAUCAUGUGAAAUGCGAGAUGAUUGUGUCAAAGGCGAAGCUAGAAGUAACUUAAAAGUUUUCUUUUACAAAAUAAAAGUCGUUCUACAACAA